UGCCCUUAUCACACCCAUUACCCCCAAGCGAGACACAGAUACGCCUUAUCCGGGGUUGCAAAGGUCGCCCUUCCACCUCGUCUACCCCUGAUAACGUCUGGUAUAUAUUACUUAUGACUACGCCUCACACCAAUUUAUUGCCCUCAGUAUGUAACCAAGCGCCUUACCGUGCACACGUCUCGGCAAAGUUUGUCUACUAUAUAUAUUGUUCUGUGCAGCUUACAAUAUUUACAGACUUUGUUUUCUUUAUCCCUGAUGGCUAAAUUCGUUAAUUGUGUUUUCCUGUCUCCCAAUUAAAAUCAGUGUUUGUGCUUCUGGACUCUUCAAGCGCUGUAUCAAGUUACAUACGAGGAGCCUCAUUUUAUUUUUAAAAUUCAUUCUGGCAGCUGCAUACAUGCAUUACUAUCACAAAAGCAACGUGGCCCCAAAAAUGACCAUUGUUCUCUUGUUCCGUGUAAAUCCCAUCUAUUAUUCCGACUACUCGGAUACGAUUUUCUGAAAUUUUUUCUGCUGAAAUACAUUUAUUGCCACUGGCUGUACCAUUUCGAAUACUACAAGUUUGGCGUUUACCCCAAAGAUAUCACCUGACGACAGUGAUUUCUAUGCAAUCUACAGAUUAGAUUGUUCAGAAUGGAUAUUGUGGCUAAUUAUCAUCCCGUCUUCAAGGCGUUCCUCGCCGGCUCCUUUUCGGGUACCUUCAGCACUAUACUAUUCCAACCUCUGGAUUUAGUGAAGACAAGGCUUCAGAAUCCUAGCCAAAAUGUACUUGCGGCGACCGUCGGCGGCCGUAUUCAACCCGGUAUGAUAACGAUAUUUACAAACAUCGUACGCCAAGAACACAUAGUGGGACUAUGGCGUGGUAUGGUACCUUCGAUCGCUCGCUGCGUACCUGGUGUGGGAUUGUACUUCUCCUCACUACAUUGGCUUAAGGCUAAGAUUGGCAAGUCAAGGAACCAGGAUCUAAGCGCUUUGGAGGCAGUCGCUCUUGGUGUUGUGGCUAGAACUAUGAGCGGUGUCGCGCUUAUUCCUAUAACUGUUAUUAAGACUAGGUACGAAUCAGGCGUGUAUAAAUACAACAGUUUGAGCGGCGCGUUGCGUGCAAUUUACAAAACUGAGGGCAUCCGGGGCCUCUCGUGCGGACUUGGGCCUACUCUCGCUCGGGACGCGCCUUUCUCGGGACUGUAUCUUAUGUUCUAUACGCAGACUAAGCAGGCAGUGCCUAAAGAAUGGCUACAAUCUGCAGGUGCUGGCAGCCUCAUCCACUUCUCGUGCGGUGUGAUGGCUGGAAUCUUGGCAUCAUUGGCUACCCACCCAGCCGAUGUGCUCAAGACCAAAAUGCAGCUAUACCCUGACAAGUUCCCCAAUACUUUCAGCGCUGCUGUAUACGUACAUCAGACUUACGGCUUCAGGGGUUACUUCAAAGGCGCUGUGCCGCGCAUGCUCAGACGCACCCUGAUGGCAGCUAUGGCUUGGACUGUCUUCGAAGAAAUAACUCGAUCUAUUGGCUUAAAAUGAUUAGCAGUAAUUAAGAAAAUUAUUUGAACGAAUUUUCGAACUGCCACAGAGCUUAGGUUGAUAGUGCAUGUGUGAAAGAGAUGGCAUGAACAACCUAAGAGAGAGAUAGAAAGAUCUAUGGUGUAAAUGUACGGGCCGCACUUGAAAAUUGUACCUUAACUCAAUGCAUAGUCUUCAAAUUUGUAGUCUAAAAAGUGAUAGUCUGACUGUGGCACAUAGCCACCUAUUUUUAUAAAAUUAUAUAUGUGUGUAUAAUAAAUAUGUUUUAUCCGAUAGAAAAUGUUGUCAAAAAGUGUAUUGAUUACAUUUUACAAUAUUGAAACGGUUUAUGACAAAGAGAUAUGCUAUAUAAUCAAGCAUAGCUUUAACUGUCUUGCCAUUUGAGAAGU